AUGGCCGAUGGCGCGCUCAAGGGGGCGAGCGUCGAGGCGGACAGGGCGCAGGACGUUGCCGCGGGCAGAGAGGCGAAGCCGGCGUUGGGAUACGCAGGCAAGUUUGCGCUGGGUGUCUUGGGGCUGAAUCUGUGGAUGCUGCUCAUGACGGCCAUUUACUUUCACACGUGGUUCGAAAAGUUUACUGGACUUUUUACAGCCUAUAUCGCGAUAUACGCCGUCUACAUUGUGCCACGAUUCGUUCCCGCGCUACGGCAACUCAUUGGAGUGCCUGGAAUUUAA